CUCCGCUCUGCCCAGCGCCCGCCGCCGCCGCCGACGCCUCCGCCCGCCGCGCGGACUGAGGGAGACCGAGGGAGCCCGGGGGUCGCAGCCGCCUGCCCGGCCUGCGGUGGGCCAGGAUGUCGGGCUUCCUGGAGGAGCUGCUGGGCGAGAAGCUGGUGACGGGCGGCGGCGAGGAGGUGGACGUGCACUCGCUGGGCGCCCGCGGCAUCGCGCUCCUCGGGCUCUACUUCGGCUGCAGCCUGAGCGCCCCCUGCGCGCAGCUCAGCGCCAGCCUGGCCGCCUUCUACGGGCGCCUGCGGGGGGACGCGGCGGCCGGGCCGGGGCCGGGGGCGGGGGCCGGGGCGGCGGCGGAGCCCGAGCCGCGGCGGCGCCUGGAGAUCGUCUUCGUGUCCUCGGACCAGGACCAGCGGCAGUGGCAGGACUUCGUGCGGGACAUGCCGUGGCUGGCGCUGCCCUACAAGGAGAAGCACCGGAAGCUCAAACUCUGGAACAAAUACCGAAUUUCCAACAUUCCAUCGCUAAUAUUCCUAGACGCCACCACCGGGAAGGUCGUGUGCAGGAACGGGCUGCUGGUGAUCCGGGACGACCCGGAAGGUCUGGAGUUCCCCUGGGGCCCUAAACCAUUCAGGGAGGUCAUCGCUGGGCCCUUGCUGAGAAGUAGCGGGCAGUCCCUGGAGAGCAGCAGCCUGGAGGGCUCCCACGUGGGCGUCUACUUCUCGGCACACUGGUGUCCGCCCUGCCGAAGCCUCACUCGGGUGCUGGUGGAAUCCUACCGGAAGAUCAAGGAGGCCGGCCAGAACUUCGAGAUCAUCUUUGUUAGUGCAGACAGGUCGGAGGAGUCCUUCAAACAGUACUUCAGUGAGAUGCCCUGGCUGGCUGUCCCCUACACUGACGAGGCUCGGCGGUCGCGCCUCAACCGGCUCUACGGAAUCCAAGGCAUCCCCACGCUCAUCGUCCUGGAUCCACAGGGCGAGGUGAUCACGCGGCAGGGGCGGGUGGAGGUGCUGAACGACGAAGACUGCCGCGAGUUCCCCUGGCACCCCAAGCCCGUGCUGGAGCUCUCCGACUCCAACGCUGCCCAGCUCAACGAGGGUCCCUGCCUCGUCCUCUUUGUAGAUUCUGAGGAUGACGGAGAAUCCGAGGCAGCCAAGCAGCUGAUUCAGCCAAUAGCAGAGAAAAUCAUUGCCAAGUACAAAGCCAAAGAGGAGGAGGCGCCGCUUCUGUUCUUUGUAGCCGGGGAGGACGACAUGACUGACUCCCUGCGAGACUACACCAACCUGCCCGAGGCUGCCCCUUUGCUCACCAUCCUGGACAUGUCGGCCCGGGCCAAGUAUGUGAUGGACGUGGAGGAGAUCACCCCCGCCAUCGUGGAGGCCUUUGUGAAUGACUUCCUAGCAGAGAAGCUCAAGCCUGAGCCCAUCUAGUGUGGCUGCGGCCUCCUGAGACAUUAUUUAAAACUCCGCCUUCUCCUCCUCCUCCCCUCCUUCCCUCCGCCCUUGGACCUACCCAGCGUGUCCCGAAUCACACAACCCAAGUGUCCAACCUCUCUGUGGUGCCUUGUCUCUGCGUUAAACUCCUCAGCAGCACCCCGGGGUGCAGAAUC